UGUCCUCAAUUCCUUGCCUUGCCUCCAUGUGCAGCCCGCUGUACAACGUCUUAUCUUUGAUCGAGUCGCAGAUGAGAUGCCAUGAUGGGUGGUCUGCUGGCGUUCCUUUUUGUCUACAUUCUGGGUGGCCUUACUUUCCUUCCCUUGAUCGUCAUAGCAAUCCUCGCCCAUGCUUACCUGACAUUCCCCAUCCGAGACGACACUGCAUAUCGAGAGGAUGAGACGGGCCCGAUUGUUCAGCCUGGCGAUGAUGUUGAUGCUAUCAAACGGGCGCAGAAGACGUUGGGGGAGAAGUUCCAGCCACGGAGUGGCCACGAGGCUGAUGUAGCAGCUGCGUACUUCUCUGUUUCUCGGGAAUACACGCCAAAUGGGAUCAACGCAAAGCCCCCCGAGAGGAACACGCCUGUUGGGUCUGCAACAGUGUCUGCUGCAAGCCCAAGUGUAUAUCAGAGCAUGUACAGGAGCAUCUUCGACCGCAAGUCAAACAACUCGCCUCUAGAUAACAAAGGUGUUGGUAAACCACAGAAACGAGGUGGCAAUGUUUUUUAUGUUGUUCUUAGGCACGGCCAUCUGAUGCUUUUUGACGACGACGAGCAGCUGGAAGUCCGACAUGUCAUCUCCCUGGCACAUCAUGAAGUUUCGGUUUAUUCUGGGGGCGACGAGACACCAGAGGGGGAGCUGUUUAUCAAGAGAAAUGCGUUGUGUCUUUCAAGAAGAACAGACAUUGGGGAGAUCACGCCUGAUGGCCGGGCCUCGAAGCCUUUCUAUCUCUUCUCAGAGAACUGCUCAAUGAAAGAGGACUUCUAUUUCACACUUCUACGGAAUCAAGAAAGGAACCCUGGACAGAAAUACCAACCCCCGAUACCGAUACAAUACGAUGUGAAGGAUAUCAUAACGCUGGUACAGAGGCUACAUUCGUCGGAAGAACAUCUACAGACUAGAUGGAUCAAUGCCGCAAUUGGGAGGGUGUUUUUGGCUCUCUAUAAAACUUCCGAAGUCUCAAAUUUCAUCAGGUCGAAGAUUACGAAGAAGAUUUCUCGGGUGAAGAGACCGUCAUUCCUCUCGAAUAUUUCUCUGCGGGAUAUAGACAUGGGUGAGGCAGCGCCAGUCAUCACCAACCCACGGCUCAAGGAUUUGACAGUGGAUGGAGAAUUGGUUGUCGAGGCUGACGUGAAAUAUUCUGGGAAUUUCCGAAUAGAAGUCGCAGCGGUGGCUCGAAUCGAGCUCGGGACAAGGUUCAAAGCAAGAGAAGUCAAUCUGCUUUUAGCAGUAGUGGUGAAGAGAGUUGAAGGCCAUGCAAUGAUCCGUAUCAAGCCACCACCCUCAAACCGGCUGUGGUUAACCUUUCAGACAAUGCCUAAGAUUGACAUGACAAUUGAACCAAUCGUCAGUGCAAGGCAGAUUACAUAUACAGUUAUAUUGCGCCAAAUCGAGAACAGAAUCAAGGAAGUCAUCGCCGAGAGCCUCGUCUUCCCGAACUGGGAUGACUCCCCAUUCUAUCAUACCGAGAACAAGCCUUGGAGAGGUGGAAUAUGGGCUGAUGACACUCAACCUGGGCGUCCUGAAGAUCCAGAGAUUGCGGCAGCUCAAGACGGCGACGUGGACGAAGUGGCGCAUCUGGAAGCUGGAGAUGACAACGAAGAAUCAUUUAUGGCUCUUCCUCAUGUUGAAAAGAGCAUGAGCACACCAUUGAUCGAUGCUUCACCACCGAACACCGCUUAUGCAAGGAAAGGGGCAAAGUCUGUUUUGAAUCUCGGUUUGAACUUAGGUCAAUCAAAAUCCAGUGGAUCCUCUACAAGUAUUGAGACACACCCUUCGUCGGAGAAGCCUAAAGCUCUUCGAUCAGGAUCAUUCGCCACUACUUCCAGCCCUCUUGUCAGCACCGAUAUUACAAAUGCCGACGCCAUUAAGGCAUCAAAUUCCACCCCUCCAGAGCACAGUCAUGCAAUGGCUGCGAUUUCUGCUCUCUCGCAGACGUCUACUCCUGUGGGUUCACCAUCCCGACCUUCCAGAAUCGAUAAAGCUGGCAGUCAGUCUUCGGUAUCUUCACGGGAGUCAGAGCAGUCCGAGAAGGACACCCAAAACGACUUGACGCCGCAGGCGUCGAUCAAUAUCUCGAGUUCGAACCCCUUCUCGAAUCCAAGCUCAUACCCUCCAAGCCCAGCAAGUAUGAGUAAUGCUUCAUUUAGAUCAGAAGCACCAUCAACGAGAUCUUUUGGCUCACUCGGGCGUGAUCUCAGACGGGAGAAUACCAAUUCUACUGCGUCUUCUGGAAAGUCAUCUACGGCUGAGACGAAACGAUUGUCCUUAGCUGCUGUAAGCAACGCAGCAGCGACGGCAAAGAAAUGGGGUUGGAAUGCAAUCCAACGCCAUGGCGAUCAGAAAGCAGACGGUCCAUCAGAUGAUCCUCCUCGUCCACUGGUAAUGGGGCGUGGCCAACCCCUCCCACCGCCAGGAGUUCCUCUGCCACCUCCGGAUAAGAAGACCAAGACGGCUCCGAUGCCUGUGCCAAAAAGGAAACCCAUUCCUCCUCCCAAUAUUCCUACCAAGACUAAAGAUGCAGGAAUUGAAGCGAAUGGACUUCAUAUCCAACGUCACCCCAUACCUCCACCCCCGUUGCCGAAGAGACCAAGUAGAGAAGAGCCCAAACAGGAUGUUGAUCAUGGAGAUGACGGCCUUCUUGUCGUUGAGGCCCCUGCUGGCGAUUCUGAACCAACAACACCCAUGAUUGAACACGUUCCAAGUUAUAUUCAACCGUGGGUGGACGAUGUGGAUGAGGCGGAGGAGCAAGAAAUUUCUCUCCAUGAACCUCCAGCCCUUCCAAAGAGACGACCAGCUCAUCGAGUUUUAUCAAGCAGCCCCGAAGAGGAUGGGCCCAGGCUUCCGUCGUGGGUUUCUGCUCAAGAGGAAGAGGCAAGGGCUAAGAGUUCAUUUGUUGAUGAGGAUGCUGGAUUAUGAUAGAGAGAUAAGACAUUGAAACUGGAAUUGGGUAACUUUCCAAGGGGCCUUCCAUAGGAACAUCAGGUGUCGGUAGUGGAGUUAAUACGCAUUCAGCAUGGAUCUAAGGCGUUAUGAGGGUGGGUGCCGUUCUGGACUCCUAGACGACCUAUUGUUGGAGUUAAGUGGCUUACGCAGCCCAGGGGCAAUUGGAAAGUUAAGGUGUAAAAAUAUGGAACACUUCACUGAGAUAUGAGAGAUGACGAGGAGUUUCUCAUGAAAUUACAUGGCGAAUAGUCAAAAUUUAGCCCAAUGAUGAACAAACACCCGCGA